AAUAAUUGGCUUAAAGAAUAGGCCUAAGCCUUGCAGUGCAAUCUGUUUUCAUUCAAAACUUACUUUUUUAAUCUUGAUUUAGAAUAUUAUUAAGAUUUAAAUCCCGAUUUACGUAUCUGACAAUAAAUAGUAUGGCUGAAUUGGCUGUUGAAUCUAAAUCUUCGUCUAGCAAUGUUACUAAAAGAUUACAGAAAGAGCUAAGAACUUUAAUGAUUUCAGGUAGUCCUGGUAUAUCAGCUUUUCCAGAUGGUGAUAACAUGUUUAAAUGGAUUGGAACAAUUGAAGGGGGUAAAGGCACGGUUUAUGAAGGACUUUCCUAUAAACUCUCCCUAACAUUCCCUUCACAAUAUCCUAUUGAAGCGGUUAAAGUCAAAUUUGAUACUCCAUGCUAUCACCCUAAUGUCGACACACAUGGGAAUAUUUGCCUUGAUAUUUUGAAGGAAAAGUGGUCUGCCCUAUACGAUGUCAGGACUGUCUUGCUGUCCAUACAAAGCUUACUUGGUGAACCAAAUAUUGAUAGUCCACUUAAUACAAAUGCGGCUGACUUAUGGAAAGAUCAAGUUUUAUAUAAAAAGGUACUAAUAGAAAAGUACAACAAAGAUGUCAGAAAUGUGACUCAAUCAACAGAGGAGCUUCAUAAAUUGUCUUGAUGUUUCUGUGGGGAAUUGUUAGGACUGUGGGUAGUACUGAAAUCAGUGCUUGUAUAUUUAUUGUAUUUAGCUGUAAAGGACAUUCGAUGAAAUUUGCUUGAAUCAUCGCCAGCCUUAAGUAGUUAUUUAUCUGUGCUCAUACCGAAAGGUCAUUUUAAAUAAUCCAUACACAUUUUAAUUUUGCAUGUAGAAAUAUUUUUAGUGGCAUUUAAAAUCUUUUGGCAAGAAGUUGAUACUGAAUUAAAUACUGAUUCUAUUACUCUGUGUUGGCUCUUAUUAGGUCAAUUUAUAAAUUUUAUUUUAAAUCUUUCUUUUUAGCCAUAGUUUAUAGUCUUUACUUAGUAUUUAAGAAAUAAUUAUUUUAAAUUAUACUACUUGUACCAGUUUGAUUUUUCUCAUGUACAAAUUUUACAAAAAAUAAAAAUCUUGCAUACCGAA